AUGGAACACCGCGUCGGCGCCGUCGUGACGAGGCUGUCUGACACACCGCUGGUCAGCCGGUUGGUGGUGGAACGUCGCAUCGGCAUCGUCUAGACGAGGCUCCGCCUGGUACGCCGUUGAUCAGCCGGUGGGAUGGAUCUCCGAAUUGGCACCGUCGACACGCGCCCAUCUGGUGCACCGUAGGAGACCGCAGGCUUGCGGCAAUGCCGUAAGCCAUUGGCAAAUUCGAGUCGUUCUUCCACUGCCAAAAAAACUCGUGGCCCACAGUGGAGUUCGGCCGCGCCGGCACAUCAAGCAGCCCCUAUUCAGGGGUCAGGGCACUGCUUCCUUCGGGGGGGCCUGGAAAAGCUGGCCUAAAAAUUGCUGGUGAACCACGUCGUCUGCUGGCGCACCGUGGUCGCAGACGCAAAACUCACGGUCGAAACAAUCAAACUCGAAACAACAACAACAACAACCAUAUUCAUUCUCCUCAUCCUACCUCUUCUACCUCUACCUCCGUCUAUUCUUCUGCCUAUUCUUCUCCUUCGUCAUCUUCUUCUCCACCUCCUUCCCAUCGCCCCACUCGUUUUCCCCAGACUGACAGGGUGAGCCCGCUCACUCUGGCAGCCUGGAAUGUUCGUUCCCUUUUAGACAAUCCGAGGAGCAACCGACCGGAACGGAGGACGGCGGUAGUGGCACGAGAACUGGCGCGCUACAAGGUGGACAUCGCCGCACUCAGCGAGACCCGAUUAUCCGAACAAGGCCAACUGGAGGAGGUGGGUGCCGGUUACACCUUCUUCUGGAGUGGCCGACCCAGGGCAGAGCGACGAGACGCGGGCGUCGCCUUCGCCAUCCGGACCGACAUUGUGGGACGACUGCCCUGUUUGCCGCAGGGCAUCAACGAUCGCCUGAUGAGCCUCCGCCUGCCUCUCUGGGGAGGCAAAUUCGCCACCAUCAUCAGCGCCUACGCUCCGACGAUGACCAACCCCGACGCCGUCAGAGACAAAUUCUACGAGGACCUGCACGCCCUCUUGGCGACUGUGUCGAAGGCGGACAAGUUGAUUGUCCUUGGUGACUUCAACGCCCGCGUCGGCACAGACCAUACUGCCUGGAGAGGAGUGCUGGGUCCCCACGGUCUCCGCGGCUCCAACGACAACGGCCUGCUUCUCCUCCGCACCUGCGCAGAACACCGCCUCACCCUGACGAAUACCUUCUUCUGUCUGCCGGAGCGAGAGAAGGCCACCUGGAGGCAUCCUCGGUCGCGUUAG